AUGGCUCAAAAACCCAGAUGGGGCGAAUUGGAGGAAGAAGCUGAUGGUGGUGACUAUGACUAUUUGUUACCGCCGAAACAGGACGUCGGCGCCAAACUCACCAUGGUUUCUACCGAGGAAAUCAUCUUUGAGCGACCAAGGGCUCCAGUUCCACCACAUAUGAACUUCAUAUGCAAUUGGAAGCAUUUAGAGCUGGCUUUAAUCAGGUUUUUUAGGCUUCAAGUUUACAAAUAUUUUCUACAAGAAACUAGAGGAAAAGUAGCAGCUCUGCUAAAGCAACAAGGUGCUUUUGCCAAAGUUCAGAUAAAAACGGCUCCUGUAAAGGAGGAAGUUCCACCUUUGCUUGGAGAAAAUGGAAAAAUUGAGGUAUGGCAUAUUGAUGGUGAAGAAAAGACGGAAUUACCCAAGGAGGAUAUUGGAAAAUUUUAUAGUGGAGAUUGCUAUAUUUGUCUUUACUCCUACCAUUCUGAUGAAAAGAAAGAAGAUCACUACAUGUGCUGUUGGAUUGGGAAGGAUAGCAUCCAGGAGGACCAAAAAACAGCUGUUCAACAAACUACUUCAAUGUUCAACUCUAUGAAAUGCCAUGCAGUUGGGAGUGGCGCGAAAAUCCUCCAUGGUGAAGCUGCUCUUGCCCAUUAUCUAUCACAACACUUAAUAGAUAACUUAAAAGGUAACUUGGAAGGAAUAUUUGCCCCUGGUUGGAUAGGAUAUGGGAAUGCUUAUGCAUCCAAAGAAGCAGAUGAUCAAGCUAUGUCUGGUUAUUGUACUAUUGCACGCUUAUUUCCUGGGUGUCACUUACCUAAACUCGCUGAGCAGUUUUUUUUGCAAGCAAAUGCAAUAUGUCCUUCGGAUCCACUUGUCAUGAACAAAUUCAUUGGGCACACAAAAGAUGUCAUGGGUUUGAUCAACUGGACCACUAAUUGCUUAGGAUGUUUCUUGCAGAAACUUUGGAUGUUGUUCAAGACAUUGAUUGGGUCAUUUCUCUUGGAAAUGCUUUUGCAAAGCAGUAUGAGCUUUAUACAUAUGAUGAUGAGCAUUCUGCACUACUUCACAGGCUUAUUUUGGUGCUGGAUUAAGUGGAGUUCUGCCUUGGUGUGUGCGAGUGGGAAGGAACCAACCCAAUGCCCCCGGAGUUCUAGCACCUUCCAUCUUUACUUCCUAUGUAUCCAGGGUCUUGUUCAAUGCUUUAGCUGUGUUUGCUCUAAGGGAGAUCAACUUAUCAAAAGUAACCUUCUCAACAACAACAUUCUACUUAAGAAGGUGAGUAAUCAAGAUUAAGGGAGACUUGUAAUCAUGUUUGGCAUUCCUUUCCAGUAAGAAACAGAGUUGUAUGAUUAUUUGUUAGUUUUAUAGGAAUGUAUAACCCAUGUUAGCAAUGUAUUAUUUUUGUUUA